UCGCGAGAUUCGGUGGGCAGGACGGAGAGCUAGCUAAAGCUAAACAGUCUGUCGGAGGCAAAUAAAACUAAAACCAAGCACAAAUAUGUCUGGACGCUCGGUUCGCGCUGAGACACGAAGCCGCGCUAAAGAUGACAUGAAGAAGGUGAUGGCGGCCAUUGAGAGGGUCAGAAGAUGGGAGAAGAAAUGGGUCACUGUCGGAGACACAUCUUUGAGGAUAUUCAAAUGGGUACCAGUGGUGGAUACAAAAGAAGAGAAGAGUAAGGUGGUCCCGGCUGGGGAAGUCAGGGAGCUGAAUAGCUUCUCCACAGAUCCAGCCUCAGAAAACACACAUUCAAGUCAUCUGGAUUUUCAUGAUGAGAACAGUAACCAGAGCUCUCUGUCUGAUGCGUACCAGCCCAAAGUGGACAGCAGCAGUAACUCUAGCCCCCAGCCUAGUGAACCUCUGAGCCCCAAGAACCUGUGUGACUUCCGCACAGAUGACUCACAGCCCCCGACUCUGGGCCAGGAGAUCAUGGAGGAGCCGUCAUUGCCAAGUGAACUGGCUGACGAACCUCCGUUACUAAUUAAAGAGGACUUGUUGCCCCUCACUACUCCGGAGGAAGAGGAGUGUUCUGGAGCUCCACCACUGAAGAGGGUGUGUUCUGAGCAGAACUCUGUCCUGCAGAGCUCCUCAAUGAUGAGCUAACACACUGCACAUAGCAUCAGACUCGGACCCAAUUCACUUCAGGCACUUUGUUGAAUCUCAUUUUUUGAUUUGGAUACUAUCAUUUUCAAUGACAGACAUUUCUGGUUCAUAAAUUGAACAAAACAUUUCAAACAAAUUGAACUCUCAACUAAUUUGCUGAUUUUAAAAUAAAAAAUGCUUUGAACCAGGCCCUGCUUAGCUUUUAGUCAGCAAGUUGCACGACUGCAAGUCUAUCCUCCGAUGACUGCAAUGGAUACAUUUUAAGGACCAGACAUAUAGAAGGACCACCAUACUUGUUAUGAUUUUAUAUUGAAUCUCUUUCAAAGUGAUUUCAUUUUCCCCUUAAAGGACCCAUGAAUAUGUAUUUUUUUAUUUUAUUUUUUAUUUCACCUUUAUUUAACCAGGUAGGCUAGUUGAGAACAAGUUCUCAUUUGCAACUGCAACCUGGCCAAGAUAAAGCAUAGCAGUGUGA